CCAUAGCGAAGGGCAUUUUGAGUUAGAAUAAGGAGUACGGUUGUAAAUGUUUUUAAAAAAAAUGGCAGUUUUUUGAAUUAAUCUGAGUUAGAUCUGCGGCCGAUGUCCUGAAUAAAAUAAAAAAUAAAAAAUAGGAAACAAAGCAUCGAUUCUUUUUCAUUUUGGGUGAUUACAAAGGAUCGAUUUACCGGGCGUCUUUGCUAGGCUAAAGCAUCGAUUCUACCUCGUGCUUCUGUGAUUCCUCGCAUCGAUUCCGUUUUUCUUUGAUUUGGUGAACUCAAAGCAUCGAUUCUACCCCGUGCUUCUGUGAUUCCUCUAUUUGGCGUUGUAUUACUCGACUUCCAUAAGCCAGUAACUGAGUUCAAGCAGCAAUGGCUAUGGCGGAAACACCACGCAUUGCUUCCGAUCUCAUCGACUUUUUAAACGCUUCUCCAACCGCGUUUCACGCCGUUGAUGAGGCAAAGAAACUCUUGAAAGAAGAAGGAUUUCAGCAGUUAUCUGAGAGGGAUGAUUGGUCUCUUUCAGCCGGUGGAAAAUAUUUUUUUACGAGAAACCACUCCACGAUUGUUGCUUUUGUGAUUGGCGAAAGUUAUGUUGCGGGGAACGGGUUUCAUAUUAUUGGGGCACAUACAGAUAGUCCAUGCCUGAAAUUGAAGCCUAUUUCUAAGGUAACUAAAGGAGGGUACCUGGAAGUUGGUGUCCAAACAUAUGGCGGAGGUUUGUGGCAUACAUGGUUUGAUCGAGACUUAACUGUUGCUGGACGAAUGUUGAUAAAGAAAGAGAAAGAUGGGCAUGUUUCCUACGUUCAUAGGCUUGUCAGAAUUGAAGAACCUAUAUUGCGCAUACCUACUCUUGCAAUUCACUUGGAUAGGACAGUUACAGAAGGAUUUAAGGUUAAUACACAAAAUCAGCUAGUUCCUGUAUUGGCAACUGCUAUUAAGUCUGAAUUACUUAAGGUGCCACCUGAAAGUGAUGCCAUUGAAGGUAGACCUAACACUGACGGUAAUGAAGCUGAUGAAAAGAAGAAUUCUAACAAGCAGAAGCAUCAUCCAUUAUUGUUAAUGUUACUUGCAUCUGAGGCUUGUUGUGAACCUGAUGAGAUAUGUGAUUUUGAAUUGCAAGCAUGCGAUACACAGCCUAGCAUCAUAGGUGGUGCUGCAAAAGAAUUUAUGUUUUCAGGAAGACUGGACAACCUUUGCAUGUCCUUCUGUUCUUUGAGGGCGUUAUUUGAUUCAACUGCUGAGGGUUCUCUUGCGAACGAGACUGGUGUUAGGAUGGUAGCAUUGUUCGACCAUGAAGAAGUGGGGUCUGAUUCAGCGCAAGGAGCCGGUUCUCCCAUUAUUUUAGAUGCUCUUGCAAGGAUCACUAAUUCCUUCUGCUCUUCGGGUUCUAAGGUGCUAGAGAAAGCAGUGCAAAGGAGUUUCUUGGUGUCUGCUGACAUGGCUCACGCGUUGCACCCAAACUAUAUGGAUAAACACGAGGAAAAUCACCAGCCUCGAUUGCAUGGAGGCCUUGUCAUCAAGCACAAUGCCAAUCAGCGUUAUGCCAGCAACUCUGUGACAUCAUUCAUAUUUCGGGAGAUUGCAAAGCAGCACAAGCUUCCAGUCCAGGAAUUUGUUGUUCGUAAUGACAUGGCUUGUGGGUCAACAAUCGGUCCAAUACUGGCUAGUGGAGUGGGGAUCCGCACUGUAGAUGUUGGUGCACCACAACUCUCAAUGCACAGCAUAAGAGAGAUGUGCAGUGUGGAUGAUGUAAAGCAUUCUUAUGAGCACUUCAAGGCUUUUUUCCAUGAGUUUGCCCAACUUGAUGCCAAGAUCUCCGUGGAUGUAUGAGACCAGUCCGCUAUUACAAUACUUAAAAGUCUUUGCCCUUUUGUAGCAUUGGACUUGGUUUAGGAUCUACAAAUAUUGUAUUUUGGGAUUUCCUAGCUUUUGAGUCCAUGUUUGAAGUUAGAUGGGAUCUAAGAUUAUGCUUUUAGGAUUUCCCGGUAUUUAGUCC